CUGCAUCUCGCACGCCACGAGAUAGCAGGAUCUAUAUAUCGUCAAAUUAAUCGUACCCUCAUUUCGUUAAAUUGAUGAGUAAUUGUGUUUGAGCAAAUGGAGUUCGAAUGGGUGCUCCACGAGGAAGUGCACUCCUCGUUGUCGCAGCUCCGAAACAUCUUGAUGGAUUGCGCUCAACGGUUCCCAUUGGCUCUCUUCGGUAAUGACCAACACAACAAAACUGACAGAUUCGUCUUUGCAGCUCCGCAUGAUCAAGUCAAAUGUGUUGCUGUUUUGACAGGCGAUAGCAUUACAAAUGCGGAAGUGAAUUUUAAAGUACAGCGACAACAGAAUGUUAAUAUGAGGACCAGUAUUCAAAGUGAACAUCCAUGGAAAUUACAACAGAUUCAAGAUGCUGCUAAUCAUUUACAACAAGGCAUUGCCCAUAUAGAUAACGUGGAUAGACAUUAUCUUUUUAAAACAUCUGACGAAGUCAUGCAUGUGUUAGGUAAUAUUCAGGGUUGUCUUCAGAGGAGCAGAAGUAGUUUAAUAGUUCCUAGGAAGAAAACAAUUGACGAUCUUAUCAAGAGUCGCAAUAUGAAAUCUCUCAACCCAAACCUUCCAGAGAAUUUGGCCAUUAGCUUUUAUAUCCAAAGCUACAAACUGGUGUUAGCUGUCUAUCAGUUAGAAAAUGCCCAUGGCAGUGUCAAGUAUGAAACCCAGCAAGCGGAGUGCAGUGUGCCAUGGUUAAACGAUGCUCUUGUAUUACUUACAAUUGCGCUACAACUUUGUCAACGACUGAAAGAUAAGAUAAGCGUUUUUUCCCAAUACAAAGAUUUCACGGUAGGUUCUCGUGUACCUUCCGCGAUGGGCUGGUAACCUAACACCAAAGGAAUUUUCAUAUUUGAAUCGGAACUUGAUAUAGUAUGAAAUGGUGCUAUGUGCAAGUGAAAAAAAUUUGGCCUCAACCGGUAACACUUGCUCUGGCCUUUGUUUUUACAUAUGUUAAUUGUUGUCCUUUCAUCGUAUGUCUCGUUACACUAGAAUGUUGCUCUAGCGUUUUUAAACACGAUUACAGUGUGAGCCUAGUAUAAUAAUAUAUGGUGUAUUGUAAUAUAUUAACUAUUGAGACACAUUCUGAGAUCAAAGAUUCAUAUGAAUACGUGAGUCGCCAAUGGAUAAUAACAAAUCGUUAUCAUAGAUCAGAAAUGGAAGACUUUGAAGCAUUUUGCCAAUUACUGGUGUGCCUAUCACCAUGUUAUAUUGUGUUCUUCCCAUUUCUGUCGUAGUUUUCAUGAACGUGUAACUUUGGCAUAUAAUGUUUGAACUUGUCAUUUCAUCUACAAAUUGAUAGGAUUCAAGAUAUUCAAUACAUCCACUGUGAUUCUAGAACUCUAUACUAGAAAUCUAUCCUCUCCUUACUGAACAUUUUCAUGUAUUAGUAGAUAUCAAUUUUAUCUUUUUUCAUUAUUCGUUAAUUGUACAUAAUCACUAUAUGUAACCAUUCUCAAUCAUUUCAAUCUCAUGUAGAGUUAUUUGCAUAUCAUAAGAAAACGUUCGAAAAUAUAAAUCCAAAUGCAAUAACUUGGCAUGCUUUUGCUGACAAGAAAGCGUUUUAAUUUAAUGAUGACUAUUUUGUAGUUGUAGAAAAUGCUGUUUUAUUGACCAAGUAUUAUUUAAAGAUAAUAAGUGGACAAAUAUACCAUGUGCCUCAUGAUUCCAAUUUUGGGUAAAAUACCAAUUCUACAUGAUGGUACAAUUUUUGUAA